CCGGCCGCAGCUCGGGUGCUCGGGGCGGGAGGGGGAGGAGCCACGUGGGGAGGAGCAAAAUCCGGAGGCCCUGGGAACCAUGAGCAGAGUCAGACCGGCGGGAGCCGGGGCCCGGGCGCGCUGCCCUGGGAGCGUGCGUCGUCUGGGCCGAGCACAGCAGCAGCAGCUCCAACCCGCGCCGGCGCGUGCCUUCCGUGCGCACCUGGAGAGAAGGACCAGUGCUGACCCGGCGAGGGUCCCGGACUCCUAUCCUCUCCCAGAGCUUCCGGGCUGCGCGCUGUCCCGCCACCCCAGCCGGGCCCGGCCCGACCCGGCACCUGCGUCCCGAUUGCGCCAUGGAUCCUUCGGAGAAAAAGAUAUCGGUGUGGAUCUGCCAGGAGGAGAAGCUAGUAUCUGGCCUCUCCCGCCGCACAACUUGCUCGGACGUGGUGCGGGUACUGUUAGAAGACGGCUGCCAGCGGCGCAGGAGGCAGCAGCGGGGCCGGCGGCGGGGGGCGACCUGUAACCCGCCAGGCCCAGGAGAGCUGCCGGAAGCCCUAGACGAGGACGACGAGGAUGGGGACGAGGUGCUGCACCAGGGCAUGCUUUGCGGGCCCCCACAGUGCUACUGCAUUGUGGAGAAAUGGCGGGGCUUUGAGCGCAUCCUGCCCAACAAGACGCGGAUAUUGCGCCUCUGGGCGGCCUGGGGCGACGAGCAAGAGAAUGUACGCUUCGUGCUGGUGCGCAGCGAGGCGUCGCUGCCCAACGCAGGUCCCCGCAGCGCUGAGGCGCGCGUCGUGCUCAGUCGCGAGCGCCCCUGCUCGGCCCGGGGGGUCCCGGCUAGGCCCAGCCUGGCCCUGACCCAGGAGAAGCAGCGGCGGGUGGUGCGUAAGGCUUUCCGCAAACUGGCCAAGCUCAACCGCAGGCGCCAGCAGCAGCCGUCGUCGCCGUGUUCAUCCACCUCAUCGUCCACCGCCUCGUCGUGCUCGUCGUCGCCGCGGGCCACCGAGAGCGCGUCGGUGGAGCGCAUGGAGACGCUGGUGCAUUUGGUGCUCUCCCAGGACCACACCAUCCGUCAGCAGGUGCAGCGGCUCCGGGAGCUGGACUGUGAGAUUGAUCGCUACGAGGCCAAGGUGCACCUGGAUCGCAUGCGGCGGCACGGAGUCAACUACGUGCAGGACACUUACUUGGUGGGUGCAGGCAUCGAGCUCGACGGGCCCAUCCCGGGAGAAGAGCCGGAGGCGGCGGCGGCAGCGCCCCUGAAUGGCGAGGCGCAGGCGGCCGCGCUGGAGGAGCUGGCCCGGCGAUGCGACGACCUGCUGCGACUGCAGGAGCAGCGGGCCCAGCAGGAGGAGUUGCUCGAGCGCCUCUCAGCCGAGGUUCAGGAGGAGCUGAACCAGAGGUGGAUGCGGAGGCGCCAGGAGGAGCUCGCGGCGCUGGAGGGACUCCCGGAGGCUGAUGGCGGCCUCGACGGCGAGCUGCUGCUGGAGCAGGAGCGGGUCAGGACGCAGCUCAGCACGAGCCUCUACAUUGGGCUCCGGCUCAACACGGACCUGGAGGCCGUCAAGUCGGACUUGGAUUACAGCCAGCAGCAGUGGGACAGCAAGGAGCGCGAGCUUCAGGGCCUUCUCCAGACUUUGCACACAUUGGAGCUGACCAUAGCGCCGGAUGGGACUCCGGGAUCCAGCGCACCGUCGCGGGAGCCCCGGCCUCAGGCCUGCGCCGAGGUGUGGGUGGACCAGGCCCGCGGACUGGCCAAGAGCUGCCCUGGUAACGACGAGGACUCGGACACCGGGCUGAGUUCUAUGCACAGCCAGGACUCGGACUCGGUGCCCGUGUGCGAAUCCCUUGUGUAAGAGGGGCUGGGCGGGAGUGGGAGACCAACGCUUCUCCAGUCCUUGUAGAAGGCACUGGCUUAGCCGGCUCAGCGACUUGAAACAAGGCUGGGGAUGGUUUCUCGGAGCUCCUGCCUCGCAGCAGCUCUCCAGCUGGACCCGGGUAGGGCUGGGGAUGCCUGCCCGGCAGCGGGGCCCCUCUGGCUCUGGAAUGAGUGUGGAGCAGGGUGCAGGAUGAGGAAGCCGGGUCUCCAACCCAAGCUCUUUUAGGGGAAGGAGGAGGGAAGAGGUGAGAACCCCUUAUAUUGGAAAACAAACGCCCCUGGGAAAUUGACGUGGUCCAAGCCCAUUUUCAAAACAAGAAAAAAGUAUUAUGGAGAUUUCACCAAUCUUCUGCAUGGGAAGGACUGAUGGCAGCUAGAACUCCAGUUUGUGGCAUAAAGUGCUUUUAAAAGAAACACUUGGAUGAAAAGGACAUUCCUUGAAUGUUAAUUGUGACUGUGAACGUGUUAAAACUAGCCAAAGAGGACGCCCUGGUGUUGGUCUCAGCCUUACUUCCACCUUUGAUGAAGCCCAUAGGCACCAAAAUCCUGGCGGUUUACAUUUCUGCAGAUUUGGGAAUUACCCAUCUGCUAAGCUGCUGGCCUUAUAUUUUCUUUCAAAGGCUGAACUAAAGUCUAACCCUGUAUUUCCUCCUAGCAAAUACAGUGUUAUGUUAAAAUGGGAUCCUUUGUCUAAAAUAGCCUUUCAUUAUUACAAAAGCCAAACAUAACUUUUGAUAUAUAGAAUCCUGGCAGACAUGUCCCUGGUUAAAAUUUCUAGGCCCUUUGGGAUUUUCUUCUGCAAAGGUCUGUGUGUUGUCCUGUCAUUCAUAUUGGCACUUCACUCCAUCACUGCUACUUCAGAAAAACAGAAAAGUUGCAGAAUUCAAGUUAAGUACAACUAAAUUUGCUAUUUAAUGAGCACUGUGGUUGAAGCAAAGACUCGAAAGCAACGAUCUUUGUUAGUGUUCAGCUUUUGAACUAAGCUAUAUGAUUAACACCAACCAUGACCUUGACAAAUUUUAUCUUGACAGUCUAACUUCAGUAUCUUUGGUCAGAGAUUAAUUAGUUACUUGUCCAAACUUAAAUUGAGGUAGUGUAUUUAUCAGGGCUUACUAGAUAAGGCCUGAAAAGAAAGUAUAAAACAAUCUAAUAGUCGACCUCAGGUGAACAAAUUGAUUAACAACAGCACGUAGCCAGAGAUAAAAGCAUAUAAAAGCAAGCUAAAGACUUGACUUGAAUUACUCUUGUUUGGCAUAUGCCUUUGCACACCCCAGGAGAUACAAGUAACAAUACCUCUCAAUAGCUGGUGGCAGAGUCCUGGUGGGGACUCAGUGUAAUUGUUCCAGUUAAUUCAAUGAAAACUUACCAAUUGUAGCUAGUCGUUGCCCCUGUGGAAGGAGCCUGUUGGCCAUGUUCCCUCUGGAGCUCAGUACUUCUGAGGAAUGUGGUAUCUAAUCUGUCCUGGGGAAGUAUUAACAAUGGGGUAUGUGUAAACUGCCAGCCUGGUGCAGAGCUUGGUAUCAACCUAACCAUGGAGGGGCUGGCUCUAGUUAAACACUACAUGUGAAGGUAACUUAAGAGGUCCUGCUUUAUAGAGAAGUUUCUUCUCCUGGAGGGAUUCUGUUUGCUUGUUGCUAAUGGAGACCUGCCCACCUGACCUCCUCCAACCAUUUGAGCUAUCACUUUUUAGAGACAGUCUUCCCCCCACCCCCCACUGCCACGCUUUUACAAUCCAUGUGUAUUUUUUCAUAUUUUCGAGUAAAAUGGGAAUUGAAAGGCUGUUUUCUUAACUGAUAUUUCCAAAAGCUAUUAGCUGGCAUAAUUACAGUUUUUUUGUUUCAACUGAUGCAGAAAACAUCUAAGCAUUUGCUCUUGAGCAUAAUUAAAAUGAGGAAGGAACCAAAAGAAACCCACUGUCCCUAGACAAUCAUUUGAUCCAAUAAACACAAAACCUUUUGAUAGUUUUCCUUUUGAGGCAGAGGUAAAAUCCUUGUUACAGUGUGACAAAUGCUGCUGUCUGAAUGGUUUACGCUGGCAAUGGGCUGACCUGGUGGUUUUAAAAUUGUUGUGCUUUUUCCCCCCAGGGUGGUAGGGGAGGUGGUUCUCGGACGUUUAUUAACUCAAAAGAGAACACAGAAGUUGGCAGAACAGGACUGCUUGGCUGAAAGGGGCUGUUUUUCUUUUCACUAUUAUUAUUUUAAACUUUGACAGGCUGCUGAUGUCAGCAAAUAGGCCUGAAGCCUGUAAAGCAAAUAAACCACUUCACAGGGAGAAGGUGCGUUGGGUUUUCUGGUGCCCUUUUUCCAGAAUCUUCCUGCCCUGACCAUCUGAAGAUGCUUCUCCAGUCAACUCUUCAGGCAGUGAGGAGGCUUUGUUUUUAACAAAGGGUGGCCUAGUCUGCCCAUUUUUUCUUUCAUCCAAAUCAGUUAAAUCCCCCAAACCCACAGUGUGGGUAGGAGAAAGAACAGGGGGAAAAAAAGAAAGGAGACAAUAGUUCUUUUAUUAAGAGCUUUUUCCAAGUCUGACAAAGGUGAAAUAUGGUUAUAAAAAGCACCAAAAUAGUGCCUGUGCCUAGAAAGUGCCUAAUAAAUGCUUGAUAUUUAAAAAACUUUUGUUCACUUUUUUCAUACUCGUCAUGGCAGCAAGAAUGCAAAUGAAUGCGUAUCAGUGAAUGCACCAGACCAGGAUUUCCUGCCCCUGGGAAAAGUAACUCUUCUGUUCUCUAAACCUAACAGAAAUCCUGGGGAGGGACUAGCAAGUGCGUGGAGAGUAUGAAACUGAGUAAGUAGGUGCCUCACCAACCAGCCCCAUCUUUUUUUUAGGAGUUGAUAGAAUUUAUUGUAUCUUUGAUGUUAAUUAUCCCAUUCUCUGCCAUCUCCCCAAACAGAAAAGUUUCAUUUGGCAUCUCUACCUGUUCACUUAUAAAAUGAUGAUGAUGGUGGUGAUGAUAAUGAUUGGUUAAUUAGAGCGGUUAUAUACUAUAAUCCUAAUGAUGGACCUGAAAAUAACAUAAGUAAAAAGAAAGAUGUCACUCAAAACUCAAAAUCCUGUCACCAAAAGCUUAUCACUGCCAAAAUUUGGCAUAUUUCCCUUCUAGACCUUUUGAGUUGUGAAGAUUUCAUAUUUUGCUUCUUUUUUAAAAAAUAUAAUUUUAAUGAACAUGUGUAUGUGUGUGUAUAUGGAACCUUGUAAGCGGUUCCAUCCAUCUAUUGGGUGCACUGUAGUCAUAUGACUGAUGACUGUUCUCAUGUUUUUAGGUUGUUCUCAAUAUUUUUUUUACUAUUAUAAAAUAAUACUGAUCUGCUUCUUUGUGCACAUAUCCACUUCCCUAAGUAACCUCCCCAAAAGACACAUUCGCAGAAAGAGAAUUCCCAGCUCAAAAAGUACAUUUAAAGGCUUGAUACUUAAUUGCCAAAUUGCUUUUCAAGAUAAUUGUUCUGAUUGUAAUCCACUGUGCAUGACAGUGCCUGUUUCACCAUGCUUUGGCUUUCAUUAGAUAUUACAUUUGUUAAGAAAAUAUUUUGAUCACAAUUAAUUAGUGAAUUCUUUGUGGUCCCAAGAAUCCAUGGCUGGUAACCACUGACUUAAGAUAUCCUUACAACAGAAAGGGCUGGCCAACGUUAUUUUCAGGUCCAGAAGUUUUAGGACGACAUGGUGUUUUCUCUCCCUCCGUUUUCCUUGUCUUCCCUGAGCACUGCUUAGUAAUAACAAUCUUGUCUCCUUUCCUAGCUGGCCAACAGUUUGUCGGAGCAGGAAGGGAAAAUCUCCAUGUGAGUGAGCUUAUGGUGAUUGACGAAUAGGAGAACCAAAUUUAGAAAAUAUUCGUUAUCUUUUUCCAUCUUGAGUCUAGUGGAAAAGGUUGUUCUUGGAAGAUGAUGUCAUGAAACAUUUUAUUUUGUGCUUCUCAUCACUCACCCCUAUAAAAAAUUAAGAUAAAAUGAAUAAUAAGCUCACUUCUUUAUGAAUAGCCUCUAAUGAAUGGUUUAGAUUUUUCUAGGAAUUUCUUUCUACUUAGAAUACUACACCUGAAUGUGUCCCUAAAUUCUUGAAAGUUUGAUCAUGAUAAUUUGUGAAAUUUCCAAUGUGAAUAUGUCUGUGAAAUGUGUUCUCCUAAGCAGAAAGGAAAGAGGGAGAAGGAACUCUCUUUUGUUGAGUACUUUCCAAAUGCUAGAUCCUCAUGCUGAGUAUUUUCACAUGCAUUUUCUCUGCAUUCAUCUUGUGAGAUAGAACAUUUUAACCUCCACUCUUUACAAAUAAGGAAACUAAGCCCACCAGCUGGUAAGUGGCAGAUGCAGAAUUCUUACCCAAGCCUGCCUCUAAAACCUGUGCCCAUUUUACUAUGUCACACCAGGCACAUUAUACCCACGAUGUGUUUGGCACACCCAGAAAAAGGAUUCCUCACAAGUCCCAGAGUGUUGGUGUUGGAAGGGCCUCAGAGAUGAUCAAGUCUUGCCCAAGUAUUUCCACCAGGGAGGUGGAGUGAUUUUCUCAAAAUGAGAGUGCCUGCUAUUUACCAGGUGAGGAUUUAGGAAAAGAGAAAGGGGGUGAAAGUCCUGUGUAAAUAUCUGGGUAUCUGUCUGUGAGGAGUGAAGUCUUUGCCAUGAAAAGAACUGCUCACAAACAAUUAAUGUCCUAUGUAUCCACAUGGAAGUUUUGACUGAAAGCCCCAAGCACACAGGUGCAUAGUCAGCAAUGUGGACCCUUGGCCAUCGGAGCAGAUGGCUGGGCACUAGUCCCAGUCACAUCUGGAAAGUGGCCCCAGCUAUGGCUGUGCUGGAGCUGUCCCCAGCACUUUUAACCAGGCCUUAUCCCCUGGGGACGGGAGGAUCAGGGAAGGGGCCAGGGAGGGAGACCUUCCAAGGACUCAUGUGCCUCUGGAGGUAGGCAAGGUGGGCACAGGGUAGGAGGUAGGACGUCACUGCACAUGUGGAGACUUGGCAGGGAGGGCUUUGAAUGACAGCUGUCCCAGCCUCUGCCCCUCUUUCAUCCAUUCUCAUACAAAUAUUCCUGAUUGAGACACUGCCAGGAUUCCCCAUAGCUUUUAGGAUAAAAUCCACAUUUGUUAGCAGAAUUUAUAAGGUUGUUAGUUAUCCACUCUAAGACCCCUCUCUGAGGUCCACCCUCCCCUGCCUUAAGACUGCACAAUUGAGUGGAUCUGAUUUCUUCACUUAGUUCACGCUGCCAUCCUCCAUUUGUGCAAGGACCCUCUGCUAUCUCAUUUUAUUUUACUUCAUGUUCUCCUUCCUUCUGCAUUCCCAUUCCUAUUUCUCUUCUUUCUCCCACCAUGGGCAACUAUUCCAGUGUUUUUAAUCUAUGACCUUCCAAGUCAUCUUGCAUAUUUAGGGCUGUCAUACCACACACCUCCAGGGGGCACCAUUCAUACUGUAUUCUGGAAUUGUGCUCCAGAGGACACCAUUCACAUAGGAAAUCGUGUAAAUAGUAGCCCUAAAGUUGAGCAAUGUGCUGGCACAAUCCAUUUGCUCAUGUAUGUAUUGGUAUCCUUGAAGAGUAGUUGAAUGAUCUGUGUGCUUAUGUUUAAUAUACAUGACCUUUAUUGGGCUAUUAAGCUCAUUAUAUAUCCUUUUUUUACACAGCAUUAUGUCUGUGUGAACAUUGCACAUUGCAAUAAUAAAUCUAGUUCAUUAUUUUCUGACCUAUAUGGCAUUCCAUCAUUAUAAUUUAUACAUUACCUUAGUGAGGGACACAUAGGUUGUAAUCAGUUCCCUGCUACCUCCAACAGUGUUGCAGUGAAUACAGGCAGAAAUCAGUGCCUGUUGAGAAUUUGAGAUAUGAAACCCAGCAGCUGGAGUGCUGAACUGCUUGAUGGCUUUCCUGAAUGGCUACACCAGGUAGGCUCUUACUAGUGAUGGAGAUUCCUAUUUUCCCCAUAGCAUCACCAGCACUUAAUAUUAUCCAACUUUCUACUGUUGCUUUUAUUGACAAAUGACUGUUUGGACUUCCUUACUCUGCCAUUCCCACUUAUGUCACUUAUCGGAAUUUUUUUCUCUUUUCCUUCUUUCAUUGCAUAGACAAAAUUUUCUUUGACUGAUUUCAAAGUUGUACAUCUAAUUUUGCUGUUUUUCCAAAAUUACUAAGAGUCAUACUUAUGCUUAUUUUUCCUGUUCAAUUUAUAAACUUAUCAAAUCUGUGCUUGCCCCCAAGCAAGACAAGAAUCUUAACAUACUAUUCUCACUUCUCUGAUCUUUCUCCCUGUUUAUUUUGGUAUCAUCUAUAAUUUCAGUCAUAGAAAAUAUUAUUUAGCUAUUAAUAACUUUUCUCAUUAUAUUUAUUGGGAUCAUUAAAUGUAUACAUGAUCAUGAGCAGAAUUGAUAUCUUUAUGAUGAGUCAUUCUAUCCAAGAAUAAUAUAGUUCUAAAGUACUAUAAAUCACCCCAAAAUUCAGUGUGGCUUAAAAUAAUAACAAUUUAUUCUCUUUCAUGCAUCUGUGAGUCAGCUGGGAGUUAGCUGAUUCAGGCUAGGCUCAACUGAACUUGGCUGUAAUCUGUGGGUUGGGCUGAGGCCUGCUUCAUGUGUCUGUAAUCCUUCUUGGACCAGAGGCAUAGAACUUUCCCCAAGUUCCUUUGGAACUGUUACAGAGGCAUUAGCCUAGACUUCUUUUUAAAUCUACUUCUGUGGGCCCUGGCUUGCUCAACCCAGGUUAACAAACAAAUAUUGAAUGCCUAUUAUGUACCAGCCUUAGGGUUUGGGCCUGCAAAAGCAGGAUUAGUAAAACAGAUAGCAUUAAAUCAUUAAACAUACCCUUUAUGACACUGGUUUUGGGAUUUUUAAUUGAUCUAAGUCUUUUGGAUUCAUGCUUUUUAGACAGUGAUUCCACUUUUAGUUACCUACAGAAUAUUCACACAAAGGGGCAAGGAUGGACAUUUCUGAUGUUCAUUGCAACAAUAUUUAUAAUAGCAAAAAAGUAGAAACCAUCCUAAGUAGGAAACUGGCUAUAUGAAUCAUGUUAUAAUCAUAUUAUUUUACAUUAACAGCUACCAAAAGAGUGCGGGCUUGCAUUGCUGAUAUGGAAAAACAUCUAUAAUAUAUUGUUAAAAAGUAAGUAAAUGGAAAUAGUAUAAGUUCAUUACUUAUUUUUAUAGCUCUAAAAAUUGCACAUUUAUUAGCUUUGUCCACUGAAAAGUUCCAGAAUCGAUUACUUCCCAGUAGCAAUGAGUAUCCCUAGCACCUGUACUGUGGUAUCUAAAUACCAUUUUCUAUUAAAAAAGAUAAAGCAUCCUUGAAGUAAAAACUAAUUCCAAAUCCAGAGCAAACAAUAAGUAAGAUGGUUUUGUUACAUCUAAUGUACUAUAAAGCAAGGAACUGUUAAAGACUUAGUGAUUUUUAUCCAAACUCAGAGCAGCCUGAAGGGGCUAUGAUGGCUUAAGAUGUGAAAAUAUGAAUUUCAAUGAGAAUAACAGCUGCAAUGGAUUGAAACAUAUCAGGAGUAAAAAAUAUCUAGGGGUUCAUAAUGAUACUACAAAAAAAUAGAAAUUAACUCAUUCAUCACCUCUGGAGGUUGCUAGGAUACCAAGUUGUUAUUCUGGAAAUCAGUAAUAAAGAGAACAUUUAUGCUGUCUUGCCUGUACACACCAUAUUUCUAAGUCAUCAAAUGGUUGAUGAGGGAAUAUUUUUCUUUACAAAAGAAUUUCAACUAACAAAGGCAGAAGGAAUGAUUAUUCUUACACCACCAGUCCCUAGUGAAUUAAUAUGUCUAGACAGUGGUCAUUGAUGGCUACUAAAAUGAGCAGGUGUCAGGUUAAUGGGAAACUUUAUAUUGGCUGGAUCAGCUGACAAUACUGACAUCCACAGAACAUCCAGUUACUAUGUGCUUCCCUGGAUGAUGAAAUAGGAAACACUCAGCCCCACCUAUCAAAUAUUCCACCCCAAAUAACUGAACCUGAAUCUAAUCAAGAGUCUAGUGCUAUUGAGGAGGUUACAGGAAAUAGGGAGACUAGAACAUGGAGUGAUAAUCUGAGUGUAUAGUCAGCCAAAUCCAGAUUGUGGAAAAUUCUGUAGGACAGAAGCCCAUGUAUAAAUAACCUAAAAGAGGGAGUGGAGAUAUAAGUAUCGUAACUAUUAUGAAUUAAAAGGGAUCAAGAGACAUAUCAACUAAUUAUGGACUUUAUUUGGAUAUUAAUUCAAACAAAGCAAAGCUUAAAAAUUUUUUUAAUGAUGUUCAGGGAAAAUAGAAAAUAGACAAUUAUUACGGGAUUACUAUUAUUUUUAGAUACGAUAACGGCAAAGUGGUUACGUUUUUAAAGAUUUUACCUGUUGGGAAUACAUAAUAAAGUACUAUGGGGAAAUAAUAUGACAUCUGGGAUUUGCUGGGUUAUUUCAGAAAAAAAAUAAAAACCUUUUGAUGUGAAGGAGAAAUAAAUAAAAUUGACAAAUUGUUGAUAUUGCCUGAAGCUUGGUGUUGGGUAUAUGGGGAUUUAUUAUAUAGUUCUUUGUAUUUUUGUAUUGGUUUGAAGAUUUCUGUAAUAAAAAGUGAAAAAAAAACUGUAAAAGGUAAAUAAAAGGAAAAUCAGGUUGUAGAACAAAAUGUAUGAAUUACUUUUGGGAUCAUUUGUGGGAAGUGGAAUUAUUUGUGGGAAACUGCAGUUUUUUAUAGUAUAAACGUUUGUAUCAUUUGAAUGUUUAAAAAUUACAUAAAACUUACAUAACUAAAAUAAAAAAGAAAGAAUAAGGUGUCACAA